AUGGCUGUGCUGAAGGCUUUGGAUUUGCUGUCCACCCCGCAGGAGCUGCACGUGGUGGAUCUCUGCAGCGGUAGUGGCCUCACCAGUUGCGCGCUGGGCCUCCGGAACGCGCGGGUGAAGGCCGUCACUGCGGUGGAUCUGCGGCCACCGCAGGUGAUGCCGCACUUCCAAGAGGCAGGCCUUCCUCAUGUCCGCUACCUGUGUCAAGAUAUGACCAAGCCAGGUUUCUUUGCUGCUCUGGAAGGCCUCAUAGUAGAGGUGUCUUUGCCGGUGGUGCUGUUGGGCAUGCAUUGCUGUGGGGCCCUCAGUGUGAUCGCGAUGCGGAUCUACCAAGCCAUGCCUCAGUGUGUCGCGCUGGUGCUUUGCCCCUGCUGUUCCCUUCGCAGUUUAGAUAUCAAACGUGCAGAGCGCCUGUGCUUGCCAGAGAGCUUGGUGGCCCAAGGUGCGGUGAACAGCUACGACCAAUGGGUGUCCGCUUUGCUGGAGCUUCUACCUGAGGUUCCAGCAUUCUCUUGCCAAGACCUGCAAGCUCUUCAUGCUGAGCAGAAGAUCGAGGUGAUUUGGUCCCUGGCGCAACUCCAUGCGCGAGGUGCAGCGCAGGAGUUCCGAGAGACUUGCAUGCAGGAUGCUUGGGAGACCACGAAGCUCCAGAGGUUAGCGCCCGAAGACUUGACGCGCUUGGCGAGCUCCUUCGCGCGUUUGGAUCUACCAGAUCGAGGGUCGAACAUGGCGAAGGCCUUGGCCUCAUCUGCACUGCCCACGGUCGAGGCGUUUGAUCCUCCCGACUUAACUCGCUUAGCCAACGCGCUUUGCAGGAUGGGACAUUUUGAAGGAGCCUGGCAACUUUAUGCUCGAGUGCAACGCAUGGCUCCCGGUGCCGGGCUUCAGGAUCUUCGAGGGGCCAUGCUUUGGGUCAGUGAGAUGCAGAAGAACCUGCCGAGGGCGAUCUCGGUUCUGUCGCAUCUCACCAUCUUCCCGCGCGUGGCAAGGAGCCCCACCUGGCGCGCCACUCUGGGCGUCUCCGCGGUCUUGCUGCUGUGGCGUCAGGGCAGCGUCUCGACCGCUCGUGCGGCACGCGGCAUGCUGCAGGCCACCACUGGAAAGCACCGAAAGGUGGCGGGUGCCUUGGAACAGCGGCUAGAUGACCUGCUUCUGGGCCGCGAAGCACGGGCAGAAUCCAUGCGCCAAGGAAGCCGCGGUCGACAUGGAACAGCAGCUCCAGCAUCCCUGCCGAACGAGUUGUCGCGGCCCCUGGAGAGCUUGGCGGCGGCACUGCGUGAGGGUCCACCGGACAAGAUUGCGGACAGGCGCAAGGAGUUUGAGCUCUUACGGCACCUGGCGGCCAAUGCCUUUCCUUGGGCCGCCCAGGAUGUGUUGAGGGAAAUGGAGAAGUUUGGCGCCCAGAAGAUCUUCCUGAAACUUGCAGGCGGUGUGAAGCGCCGCUUGUUGGAGCGUGCAGCCGCUGAAGCGCCGCCGGGCUUGGUCGUGGAGCUGGGCACCUACGUCGGCUUCUCCUCGAUGGUUUUGGCCUUGGGGAGAGAUGCCAGCCCGCUGCCACCCUCGCCUGACCAAAGUGAAGGGCGACCUGCACCAGUGCCCAUCGUCAUCAGUUGCGAGCUGGACCCCUGCAAUGCACUGCUGGCUCGCUCGAUCCACGGCUUGGCGGGUUUGGCCGAAGCCAUCGAGGUGUGGAUUGGCAACAGCAGCGAUAUGGCGCACUACGUGCAUGAACGCUUUGGGAAAGAUUCUGUGGCCCUGCUCUUCAUGGAUCACCGCGGUAGUCUUUUUCAUGACGAUCUUCGGGACUUUGAGGAGAUGGGCCUGUUGAAGGAUGGUGCCAUGGUGGUGGCCGACAACGUGCUGAAGCCGGGAGCGCCGUACUUCUUGUGGCGCGUGACCCAAAGUCCUGCCUUCGAGACCCAGCUCCUGGCGGUGCCAGAGUUUGGGCUGGGACAUCAGGUCCUUCAAGACUGGGUGGCGAUGAGCCGCCGCACCAGUGCGCAUUCCGAGAGGCCACCGCCACCAGCUCCUCCACCGACCCAAGUAGCGGCGCUGGCGCGGCGCUGCGACGCCCUGCGGCGCCGAAGCUUGACGGGGCGCCUGGCGUCGGAGGACUGGGCGGAGCAUGCAACAGAGAUGGAGAAGCGCCUCUCCGAGCUGGGCAUUUCCGCGACUCUGGUGGACGAUGGAGAAACAACAAAAGGGGCAGCGGCAGCUGGGCGGCUGGCUGGGUGA